CCAACAAUAUUGCUGUGAGGGCUGUGCCACCAUGUAUAGGUGAAUAUUGCACCUUAUUGUUAGUGUCCUUGUUAUAUGGACACACGUAAUUCUGUCUUGUAACCCAGUGUCAUGUUGAUUAGAGUCCAUGGUGGGAAGGGGAGGGUAUAUUUGACCUUGCUAGGUAACCUUGGUCUCCGCUGUCAUCGACCGCGGUUUGACGGUUAUAUGGUCAGACUUCAGUGAAUAUGUCAGCAUCCAGUGCCAGAGACAUUGAUGGAGGACAUUAUGAAUCAGUCCUACCUUACCUGCGCUACCCCCCUUUGAUUGACCCAUCCGAGAGAUCCGAAAUUCGACUAGUAGAUUUCGCGUCGGAGGAUGCAUCAAGGCAUGAUAAACAAUUUACUGAUAGCGAGAGAUUUGAGUGCCAUAUAUCAACGAAAGCCAAGCCACAUGCACGCAUUGUAUCAAUAUGUUCUCGGAGCUCAAUCACUCCAUUGCAAAUCACGGAACGAGCCUUGCGUUGGCUCAUGAAACUAUACGAGAUAGAUGCAGACUUCUUUGAUAUUGUCGUCUCGUUCGGUGAUAAGCCGCGAAACUCGGAUGCUGGACUGGGGGAAAUGAAGGUGAAACAGAGAGCGGAUGGAUCAUACGACAUGCAAUAUCUACUUACCCAUGCUGACGAGUACAAAAUCCAUGGAAGUACAAAGUGGACAAUACGCCAGAUAGGCGUGUUCCACCGGUACAAUCCGUCCGGGGAUGGCAAUAUCUGGAUAUUUCUCCACGCUAAACCUAGUUCCAAGCUGCAGCUGCAACUUGAGGCAAGGUUGUCUGAGUAUACAAGCGCUCUGUGGCAGGAUUGGUUCUCGUUGCAUUCUCUCGUUUUGUCUUCAUACCUGGUGAACUGGAGAUGGUGUAUCCGAGGUCUAGGCGAUCAACUAGAGAAUUCUGCAAAUAUUGCACUCACGCGCGAUCUCUCAAAGUCGGAAGGUAUUGAUCAGAAUGUCCUUCUCGAACUUCUCAAACCCCAGCAUUUGGGAGACGUUAUCCUACCAUUGUCAUCAUGGAUGGGUGUCGCACAGGCGACAGUAAGCAAGAUGCAGGAGAUAAACACCCUAUUAUACUCCAAAAAUGUCUCGACCGAAGACAAUUAUGACAGGGUUACCGGCGAUCUUGCAUCGUACAAAGUAAAUCUGGAGGGACACCUAAGAAGUGUGAGGGUAUUGGAGAGAAAGGCGCAGGGAAUUUCCGAUUUGUUAGCUGUUGCUCUAAGUCAGAGAAACCAGGCAGUGAUCAUCGAUAUAAACCAAUCGAUGCUGAAGCUUACCGACGAGGGAUUCGAUGACAAUGCUACAGUGAAGGUAGUGACACUUGUCACAUUGAUAUACCUUCCUGCGAGCUUCGUCUCUACGAUACUUGGUAUGAAUCUGUUCGACUUUGGAAAUGGAAAACUCUCGAUAUCACGCCAGUUUUGGAUAUUCAUUGUGCUGGCAGUGCCAUUGACUCUGCUAACACUGGCCAUGUGGUACUUCGUUACUCAGCGUCAGUUGAGGAAUAGACAAAAGAUGAAGUCGAAGAGAAAGGAAGAGGAGUUGAUGGUGUGA